AUGGCCACGGACACCCCAGACGCCCUGGCAGCGUACACCGCGCUGACCAAAUACAUCGUGCACCCGAGCCUGGACCAGCACGACUGGUGGCAGCGCACCGGGCCCAUGCUGGCCAAACUGCUGCACGUCGCCAAGUACCCCAUCGCUGAACAGUUCCAGUACCUCUACCUGUACGCCACGCACCUCAUCCCGCUGCUAGGGCCCUUCCCCAACCGUCCCCGGAAGUACCUCUGCAUCCUCGGCGGGCUGGGUGCCCUGGAGUUCAGCCAGAACUUCACGGCCGCAGGGUCGACGGUGCGCAUCGCCUUCGAUCCCACGAGUCCUGCGGCCGCGGCGGGAUUGGACCCGUGUAAUCGGCGCAGUGUGGCCGGGGCUCUUGACACGCUGAGCCGGGUGGGCCGCGGUGUCGACCUGAGUCUCUACCACGCGCUGCUGCCCCAGCUGACUCUCAAUGACGAGGAGGAGCAAGUUCUCGUCGAGAAGAACCUGCUGGACGCACAGCCCGCCAAGACGCAGACCAUCCUCGCGCUAGACCUCAAGCGCGGCGACAUCGCCGUGAAGCUGUACCUGUACCCGACAUGCAAGGCCGCGGCCACGAACGACGAGGUCGGCAGCAUGGUCUUCCGUGCGAUCCGCCACGCCGACCCCGCGGGCCUCUUCGCCGCCGGCCUCUCCGCCAUCGAGGCCUUCCUGUCCGCCUCGCCCGCGUCGACCGCCAUGCUCUUCCUAUCGUGCGACCUCGUCGCGCUCACCCACACGCGCUUCAAGCUCUACCUCGCCGAGUUCGAGGUCGUCUUCGACCGCAUCGCCGCCAUCUGGACGCUCGACGGCCGCCUCGCCGACCCCGCCACCGCCGCCGGCCUCGACAUCCUGCGCUCUCUCUGGACCGCCCUCGCCGUCCCUGAGGGCACGCGCUCGCCCCCCGAACGCCCCACCAAGCCAGGCGACCCGCCCACCCUGCUGCCCCUGCUGUUCAACCUCGAGAUCCGCGCCAGCAAGGCCCUCCCGCAGCCCAAGAUCUAUAUCCCGCUCACGGGGCUGAAUGAUGGCGCCGUGGCAGCGGCUGUGGCGGGCACGUUUGCGGAAUGGGGGUGGAACGACCAUGCGAGGGGGUAUGUGGAUAACUUGGCUUCGUAUAAGCCGGAGGAGAAGUUGGAGAAUACUGCGGAUCUGCAGGCGUGGUUGUCAUUCUCAUAUGCGGAGGAGACGGGGCCUGGGCUGCGUGAGGUCCAGUAUCUGGCGGUUAAAGUGUACUUGGGGUAUAUUCAGUAG